AAAAAGUGGCGCGCGCGGGCAAGUUGCAGCUUUGUAUACUGUAUUAUCUCUAUCUAUAAAGUUUUUAUUUUCCUUUUUAAAGGAGAAGUCUGAUCCAAAUCUAAGAAAGUGAAAUAUGGUGUUGCGACACUGCAGCAAGCAAUGAAGAAACAAAAGCCAAAAUGCUUACGUGGGAAAUAAGAUGGGUGCAAUCGGUUUCUCAUUAUUAUUUCAAUAGGCGAAAUCAUCAUCAUCAUCAUCAUUAUUAUUAUUAAGUGCUACAUUUAUUAAACAGACUGUAUUUGUGGAUUGCAGGUGCCCCUAGGAUCCUGAAGACUGACGUCUUUUCCUUGGGAACCAAAAAAUGUCUUCUCAAAACUGUUCUAGUUCUCUGUCAUUGAAAGACGUAUUCGAAAAUGGAUUUCUGAUUGGUGCUUCUGGUUACAGCAUCUCUCCGGGUAGCAGCUGUUUCCUAGAAAUGAGCAGCAUCCCCCAGCCUGAUGCAUGUGACAGUGCAAGCAAGAUGCAGAAUGUGACAAAGGGAAGCUCUCUGGCUCUAAAGGCAACAGACUCCUCCAUCAGCAGCACAAAGGAGAACCUGCAGGCCUCAUCGGAUGCUCUUACAUCUUUCUGCAAGACUCCCAUCCAGCCAUGCGCCUUUGACUUGUCAAGCUCAAGCUCUGCAAAUGACAGCAAAACCAAUUACACAGAGGGUGUGUUCCACAAUACCAAAUCUUCUACUCCAUGCAGGGAAGAUAAUCCCUCUAAACCGACAACUGAGAAUAUGUCGAAGGGCUCUGAAAUAAAUGAUGUUGCAGUCUUCAAGAAGCCGCCACCGCCACCACCAAUAUUGGAGAUCUCUGGAAUACAAGCCACUCUGGGCAAUGUACUUUCUCCCGAAGCAAGCUUAGAAGAAUUUGGGUCCCUGGGCUCUGUGAAGCUUGAUACACCAUCUCUGGAGAUGUCAAACCUUGCCAUGCCUCUGGGUGGUGGUAGUGCUGUGUCUGUUACUAUUGCAAGACACUAGACUCCUGCACUUUGAUCUAAUGUUUCACUGGUUGGGCAAAAGCUCCAGGUGGUUUGCACCAUCCAGCCGUCUUGCUAUGUUUCUUGCAUUCUCUUUUCUAGCUAACAAGUGAAGCAUAAAUGCAAAUAAAGAACUGGUCGCAUAAGGCACUCGUGCUACGUGGACAAAGGCAUGAAACCAUCCGAUAAGGAAGCACCUGGACAACUCUGUCCUUUUCUUGCUGAAGGUAACUCAGAGGCCUGUGUGGUCAACCCUAACUGGUAGCUGAACAGCCAUACUUCAGAGCUGAACAAGCUUUAGGGGGAUGUUUAACAAGCCCCAAAGCCAAGAGGCAACCGCCGCUCCCCCCCUCCAGCUGGUGGUAAAUGGUUGUUGCUCUGCUAAUGACUUGGAAGUGAGACUUGCGUAUGCUGUUCAGCUUGUUGCAAGAUUAGGUAUUUUAUGUAAACAGGCAGUACCAUUUCUCUGGACAACAUUCAUACCGUCUACUGUAAAUAGAACGUCAUUGAUUUCCUAAUUAUCAUGUCUAGUCUACUCUGGUCUAGUUGGUACAGUGCCACAUGGUUUUUGAUCACGUGUAGUGAUACCCGCAUGAUUGAAAGCUUAUCUUUUUUCCAGUGAGCACUUUUUCACAUAGUUCAUUUGUCAUGGCUUCCCCAUACAAUAAUCACCUUAGUACAGGGUAAAAUGAUUUUACACUUUUGCAGUUCUACUUUGGGUGACUGCCAUCUUAAAUACAAAGUUAAGUUUACACAUGCUGCAGUGGUUACUCUGUAAACAGAGGCCCGUUCCCACUAGAAGGAGAAGUUAAGAAACAUAUUGCAGCAGUUGUUCUGAAGCCCAUUAUUUCAAUUGCAUAUUUUGGAGUGUGAUGUCAAGAAAUUGUGCUCAUCUAAAAUGUGGGUUGCAACAUACUUGCUCCCCCAGCCUACUUCAGUCUCGCUUCACCCUUCACAUCUAUUUACUAAUUCUCAGGGGAUUGUAAUAAUGGCAAGCAGAUCAUAACCUCAAGAAUGAGUCUGUGAAGUGUUCUUCAAAUUGGCCAUACUCUCAAGAUCAUAGCCUUAGUAACAGAACACAAUUCUUUUCAUCUUUUAUGUUUUAGGAUUCACUACUGUUAUAUUUUCAAUUAUCCCUCCAAGCGAGGAGGGACUGAGGCCUGACUGACCAAAAUUGCCAAAGCAAAAUUCCACAUUCAAAGCAUCCUUUUGAAAGAGCUGCCUUCUUUUUUUUAAGCGGAUCAGAAAUCACCCAUACUGGUGAGAUGCCAUGUAAGAUUCAAAUCUAAAAGUGACAGUUUAUAGAUGCAAUUUACAACUUUCUAACUUUCCAAGUCCUAGUAUUGGCCCUGCAAACUUAUAUCAUUAUGUUGCUAAAAUGCAGCAGCUGGAACGUGCAUCUUUUGAUUUCUUAAAAUUGUAUGCAUU